AUGUCCACUCAUUACCCCACCUUCGGCCGGUCCUCGGGGCUAGGAAGCGUGUUCAAGUCGUUCACAAAGUCGCUCAGGGCGUCCGGACCGUCGACCUCGGGGUCGUCGUCGUCCCAGGCUCGCGGAUCUGCCGCGGCCCCGCCGAUCCUGGUGAAUCCAAAAGUUGUUGGAGGAGGUGCUGACCAACAGGCGUUGUUUGCACAGCUUCAACUGGGCCCUGUGGCGUCACGGGCGAAUGCAGCUCGCAAGAUGGCCCAAUCGCUCGAUCGCUAUGCGAUCUCAUCGGUGCCAGAGAUCUGGUACGCUGCCCGAGACUUGUGUGACCCUCGGGUCUCUGGAGGGUCUCGCGCAGUCCGUCGCGCGGCCGUCGAGCUUUUAUUGCGGUGUAUAGAACAAGACAAGGCGAUUCUGACGAGUGUCCGGCUUGUUUAUUUCGAGGAUAUAGCGAGGAAUGUCGUCAGUAGUAGCAGUAGCAGCAGCAACAACACCGGAGCUGGAGCUGGAACUGGAGCUGGAACUGGAGCUGGAACUGGAGCUUCAACUGGUGGCACUGGCAGUGGCUGUGGCCCCGUUGUGCGCAGUGGCCGCACUGGUCAAUUGCUCGACCCAGACCUCGACUUAUUUUUAAUGGCAUUGAAGGAAUUGACCAACGAUGGCCGUGAUGUUUACGAUUUGAUUGUUUAUCACCAUGAGAGGAACUUGGUCCUGGUGUUGGAGGACUUGCUUGUCGAUAGCAUUGACAGUGUGAGGGCUGGUGGGGCCCUGGCCCUGGCCCGGUCCGGCUCGGCUGGCGCGAUUGCCACCCUGGAGCCAACGCUUGGAGCCUUUGGUAUGGGGGCUACUGUGUCGUCUUUAGCGGCUCUAAGUACUAUAGCGAGUGGCAGCACUACAGUCAGUGGACCCACCACCACUGCUCCAACCACCACCUAUGGGGGAGAGUCUGUGCAGUCUAUACACUCCUCUUCAGGUGCCACCACUCAAGCACCAGCCCCAGCCCUGGGCCUGGGCCUGGGCCUGGGCCUGGUACUGGUCCCGGCUGCUCCCACCACCGUCAUCCCUCCUAUAGUCACCCUUCUUCAAUUCACUCGGAACUGUCUCAAGUUCAACUUUUCACUCUUGGAGGACCAAACGGUGGCGUCGCUCCUCCACAAGGUGUGCCAGCUUGGCCAUCAAUGGACGAGCUCCAUGGAAGUAGACCAGCUGGACUUCCACAUCAAUGCCGGCUGUGUCGAGGUGAUCGAUGCGGUGGUUCGUUUUGGACAGAUCCCUCUGGGAGUCGUGUUCCAGGACGUGGUGGAGUUGCUCUGCUGGCUGCAUGAAACGGUCCCUGCGGUGCGCUCCGCGGUCUGGGACGUGAUUAUCGCGUUGGACUCAGUCUACUUGGUCACCAGCGCAUUGGUCGAGGUGAUGCGUAAAGGUUCGGACGUCGACGUUGCCACGUGUCUCGGGAGCGUCCAUUUGGUGGAGAAGGUUUUGGAACGUGAGCCUCAGAGUGAGGUUGACUGUGUGUUUGGAGACGUCAUGCGUGGCAUGAAGAGUUGUUUGGAGGCUUGGAGGGGUGAGGAGGCGGUGAAUUUGGGAGUUUUGCAGUAUUGGGUGAGAGUUUUCCAGGUAGCAACAGCAACAGCAACAGCAACAACUACAGCAACAGCUACGUCAGUAGCUGGAGCUGGAGUACCUGGACCUUCACAAGCAUCUACUCUUUCCCCCGAGUCAGCGAUCGCUUCACCAGCUAGCGCUGGCUCAGCUGGCUCUGUCCUGUUCAUCUUCCUCUCUUCCCCCACCCUCUCCAUCUACCACAUUCUCUCCACCAUCUCCAUCCAAUCACCCGCCACCACCGAUCUUUGGAAACGGCUCUGCACCUCUCUCCAGACCCUCUACCAAGAUCACACCCUCCAGUCUCCAAGACAACCACUCAUAGACCUUCUUCUUCUCCACCCAACACUCCUCUCCCCGGGAAACAUUUCCUUCAUCCUCGCACACUACUCUGAGGACCAUCUCUGUGUCUCCACAUGUCCCCAUUCACAACAGAACUGCUACGAUCUCCUAGCAAACUUCUACUACCCUGCGAUCGAUCCGACCGCCAGAAUCAACACCUUGGACCUUCUCCAUCGAGCAACCUUGCUCUCUCUUUCCCUAGCUUCCACAAAGACCCUUGCCAUCCUCACCGAGGUGUUCCACAAGUCGUUCAUGGAGACAACUCAUCAGGUGGUGGACCAUCUCUGUGGGAUUCUUAGCUCUCUUUAUGCACAGGUCCCUGAGUUCGAGCUGGAUUUCCAUCGUCUUGGUGAGUCAUUCCUUCUGCUUCUUGAGGGGAAUAGUACCAGCCGCAACAACUCUCUGGCUUCCACCACUUCCUCGGUCUCCCCUUACUUCCUGGUGAAGUUUGCCGAGGCCAUGUGUACCUGCUUUGUUACCCGCCCUACAGUCCAAGGGUACCGCUCUAUAAUUUCCUUGAGUCAAUGGGCCAUGAAGCAGCAGCAGCAGCAGCAGCAGCAGCAACAACAGCAGCAGAAACAACUGGAGGAAGUUGGUCUGCUUCAACAGGAGCUUCUCUUGACCACAUUCAGAUGUCUUGUACGACUUCGGGCCACCUACAAUGGCUCCCUCUACUUCUCUCAGGUCAGAGAUAUGGACGGGUUGGCCACUGCCUUUGGUCGUAAUGUGAACGAUUCAUCGUAUGUUCUGCCACUCCCAGAGGGAAGUAGUAGCUCCUCGAAUAGCUCCUCUAGAAAUUAUUGGACCUAUCCAGAGUCUCCAGAUUAUCUCCCCAUGGAACACUUUGAUAAGCCCCUGGCCCAAGUGACCACAAUCUCCGUCGACCUCUCACUCUGGCUAGACAUCCUCUUGGAUGUCUUCUUAUCGUAUGUCUCCUGGGAGGUCUACACCUUCUGUUGGGCCCAUUUCUGCCCUCAACUCGCCAACAUGGCGCUAUUUGAGCGCCACCCGAGCCAAAUCCUUCGGUUCAGAGAAAUUGCCUGUGAGCAAUUGACCUUGAACCUCCCGGCCAAUAUUUCUCUUCCAAGAGCUGUUGGUAAUGGCAGAAGAUCAGUGGGGAAUGGCAGAGGUAGGGCCGAUAGUAGGAGCACCGCCUCUAGUGGUGCUGGAGGUGCAAGUGUCAAAUCUAGCGGUUUCAAGGCUGGUGGUGUAAAAUCUGGCAACUCUGGAAACUCUGGCAGUGUUGGUGGUGCAUCCUCAGCUGCUCACGCAGCUUCGGCAACCUCGGCAGCUUCGACAACUCCUACAGAAAUCACCAGAGCAGACAUCCAAGUAGCCAUAGUUCGAACAUUCUCCGCCCUUCUAGGCUACCAUGAACUCUUCCUGAAACAAGACGAGGACCAACUCGUCAAUGCACUCAUCUUUGGCCUUGGCUCUUGGGAAAAGACCGCCAUCCCAUGCAUCCACAUCCUCACCAUCUGCUGCUACGAGAUCCCUCUCUCGAUCAAGAAGUUCCUUCUUGUCAUCCUCACCAAGCUCCAGACACGGAUUUCCAGUCCUUUCGCCAGCUCUCCCACCCUUGAGUUUUUGAUGCUGCUCAUCAAUUUAGAGACCUUGACCGCAAACUUCACUUUGGACGAGUUCCGUAGGGUGUUUGCCAUUGCUUUCAAGUACAUCCAACAGGCCAACGAGCGGGUAGAGCUGCUGCAACAACAACAACAACAGCAACUACCAACUGGCGGGAGCAGACCUGUCCAGUCCGACCAACUGCACCUCCAAACCCACGGCCUUGACGCCACCGUAGACCAAACUCCAUCCACCACCCACCAGUCAACCAACACCACCCACCAAUCAACCCUGACCUCGCAAUACGUCAACUCGAUGGCCUACUCGGUCAUAUCGGCAUGGUACCUCAAGCUAGAGCUCCCAGAACGCCGGCAACUCUCGUCGUUCCUCGUCAGAAACCUUCUUUCGCUGAGCUCGGACCCGGAGAAGGACGACCAGACCAUGGCGUACGUCGACCUCGUGAUGCGGUUCACCUACUCGGACCUUGACUUGGUGAUCACUCCACCCGCACGCCGCCAGAACUCCAUCAACUCCAGCAGCUGGAUCAUUGGCGUCACCAUCCUCCAGAUCUCCACCGACCCAGACACCAAGGUUUCCGAGAUGAUCAUCCGAAGACCGACCGGUGUCACCAUCAUGAGGAUCUCCUUGGGUGACCCAAACUUGCUGGAGUCUCUGCUCACCUUUUCUGCUGGGACUACUGCUGGUGCUGGUUCUGGUGCAGCAGCUGGGGCAACUGGGGCCACCACCUCUCCUGCCACAUCAGUUUCCAGCACACCAACUCCUGGUACACCCUCUGCAUCUUCAACUGGUCUCGGGGUGACUCCUACUACUUCCUCAGCACUUCCACCACGCUUCACCCCGUCACAUCUCCUCCUCCAAUUGUUCAACUCAAUCGACCCGUUGAACCGCUCGAAGCCUCUCCCGCUCAUUGAGGACCAGGCAACCUUGCGGGCGGUCUCCACCUUUGAUAGGAUCCCAACGGUGGAAUUCCACAAGGUCGGCUUGAUCUACGUCGCACCCGGCCAGCGCCUGGAGACCGAGAUCCUCCGCAACCAGGUCGGGUCGCCCGCGUACCACGACUUGCUCCAACACCUUGGCCAGUUGGUGCCCUUACACGGAUGCCGUGAGGUUUACGUUGGCGGAUUGGACGUGGAGAACAACACCGAUGGAGACUACGCGCUCUUCUGGAAGAACAAGACCACCCAGUUGAUCUUCCACACCACCACCAUGAUGCCGAAUAACGACAACGACAAGCACCUGGACUGCAAGAAGCGGCACAUCGGGAACAACUACGUCAAUGUGUUCUUUGACGAGAGCGGCGAGGAGUUCAACUUCAACGUGAUCAAGUCGCAGUUCAACUUCUUGAACAUUGUCGUGACCCCGACAGCUACCGGUGGCGGUGGUGUCCUUGGCGGUGCACUCCCAGGCUCCAACACUGGAUCCUACAAGGUCAAGGUGUACCGUCGGGCCGGGGUUCCUGCGGUGUUUGCCACUUGUCAUUUCAAGAUCAUCUCACAGCAACAGCUCCCGCAGUUCAUCCGGAAUUUGGCCAUCCUUGCCAACCAAUUUGCGUCCGUUUGGCACACUCCGGGUGAGCACACUUCGAACUGGGCGCAUCGACUCCGUCAAAUCAAGGUGCUCCGCGAGAAGACCAUCCUCACUCACGCGACGCUCCGCGAGGAGAACGACAAGCUCAGUCACGAGCAGAGCAACCAUGGCGCCACGGGGACGACCGCCCAGUCGUUCUUGGACCAACUCAGACAGGUUCACCCGGCCACGAGCCACGUGAGUAUCGACUCGGCCAAGUACGAGUACGUGGACAAGGACGAGACAGACUUGUACAGCGCCCUAGAAUUCAAUUCCUAUACAUAGAACAUUUUACAUCCAAGAGUCCCUUUUCAUAUACAU